UUCAGCUCUGCUUCAGGGGCAUGGGAGCUUCUGGACUUCUGGAAGGACAGGCCACUGCUUGAUCCCUUGCAGAAGGAGUCCCUCCCUUUGUGGAACCGGUGUCAGAACCAAGCCUGAAAUCAGGACAGAGAAACCAAAAGGAUGGCUAUGACACCGCAUGACACUCUCGUCCUUGCCGUCUACCUCUUUGCCUUCUUGGCUGGACUCCCUGCCAACCUCCUGGCCUUCUACACAUUCCUGGUGAAAGUGCGCAAGAAGCCAGCCCCCAUAGACAUCCUUCUGUUCAACUUGACCAUCUCUGAUGUUAUCCUUUUGCUCUUCCUACCCUUCAAGAUGAUGGAGGCUGCCUCCGACAUGACGUGGCCUUUGCCCACCUUUCUCUGCCCGCUGACAGGCUUCUGCUAUUACAGCAGCAUCUACAUCAGCACCCUCUUCCUCACAGCCAUCAGUGUGGAGCGCUAUUUAGGCGUUGCCUAUCCCAUCAAGUACAAGUUGAAUCGUAGGCCGGCCUAUGUGAUAGUGGCCAGCUUUUUCUUCUGGUUGCUUGCCUGUUCCCACUGCAGCAUUGUCUACAUUGUCCAAUACCAGAUGCCAGACAUGAAUGAGACUGACCCCAACCCAACCAAUGUCUCCAAAUGCUAUGAGCGAUUCUCCCCCAACCAGCUUGACAUCCUCCUCCCGGUCCGGCUAGAACUUUGCAUUACCCUCUUUUUGCUCCCGUUCUUUGUCUCCCUCUUCUGCUACGUCAACUUAAUCCGCAUCCUGACCUCCUUACCCAACAUCCAAGCCCGCAGGAAGCAACGGGCGGUGGGCCUGGCGGUGGUGACAUUGCUCAAUUUUGCGAUCUGCUUCGCUCCCUACAACAUUUCCCACAUUGUGGGUUUCAUUCAGAACCAGAGCCCCACCUGGAGAGUCUAUGCUUUGCUCCUCAGCACCCUCAAUGCUUCCUUAGACCCAGCGAUCUUCUACUUCUCCUCCACUGCCAUCCAAAGAACCUUUUCUGAUUGCUUUGCUGGAGUGGGCUGCAAACUCCAGGCUUUAAUGCCAUCCUGUUACCAGCUUUGUUUGCCCUGCUGUGAGGCUGAAAGAGAUGGCAAUGGGGUUGACAAGUCCUCUCUUUCUAACAGGGGCGAGCUGCCUCCAGAAAGUCUCGGGAGAGGGAGGUAGUCCUUGAGGAGUAUUGUUUGAGUGUACUUCAGGUAUUGGGAUGAAAGAGAUUAUCUGUCCGGAGUAAGAGAAACAUUUGUUCGCAAUGACUCUAACUACCUUCAAGUACUUCAUAGAGUUUCAGUCUACCUCCUACGAAAGGUCCGCAUGGAGUCUUCUCCACAGCUAUCAUGACUCUCCUUAUGGAUCACCUAGGUGAUGACUAUCAACCAAGCACUAAAUAUAGUGAAUUGAUUUGCUUUCACUGGAAUCCAUUCUCUGUGGUCCAUAAAACACUGUCUCCCAAGAGCCAGAAAGGGAUCUGAGUUGAGAAGCUGCCUUAUUGGAACAACUCUUUUCCAUUUCCAACUAGCCUAUUUAUGUCACAUGGAAAACUGAUCUCAUUUCAUAGUUGAUGCCUAACAGUUCAGCCUUCAUCUGCUUAUGGCUGUCAUGGCUAGACUGCUAAGAUCUGGUGUGAACCAUCUCAGGAUUUGAACCCUUUACUGCUGGGCAUGGCUUGCUGCUUGCACUGAAGGACAAUUGUGCUUUCUUUAUCUGACUUUCUUUCUUGCUAUCCACUCUUGUAAGGCUGUUCCACUUUUGAUGUCAACCAGGAAAUUCAGAGUUCAGACUUCCUGUUCCAGAAAAGACUUUGCCAUUUGAUGUAAUCAAUAGGAGGAUUGGUAUCAUUUAUACAGAUUACACAAACCCUCGGGGCUGUUAAAUGGGUUUUAAAAGCAAAGCAAAACACAGCUCACUGGGAUUGCGUAUUUCAGGAAGAACGUCUUGCUGACAGUAUUAAUACAUGAGUUUUUUAUUGUAGAGAAUUAAACUGACAAACAAACCUGUGGUUAGCUGUGUUUUUAUGAGCAUGGGUUUGUCACUCUUACUCAGAAAAGGUUGGUAGGGGAUUCUAUCUCUUCUGCCUCACAAUCUGAUUAAUUGCUGCCCUCCAGAAGGAAGUAAGAUAGCCACCUGCUCUUAAUAAUGUUUGUGGAUUCAUCAUAUUUCCCAGACUCUGCUCAGAACAGCAAAAGGGCUUCUGCUACAGAGUUCUUCCUCCCUCAUCCAUAGGAGAAGUCAUAAUUAUUUCGUGAAGAAACAGAGUAAACCAGGGUACACCACCAUCACUUUCCAGAGGUUUUGACUACAAGUCUCAUAGGCCUUAGCCAUCUGUACCAUUGGCAAGGGCGUAUGAGACUUGUAGUCCAAAACCAUUGAAAAGCCCUUGUCGAUGGUUAAGAUGGCUAGGUAGGGCUGAUGGAAGCUAUCAUUCAAAAAUAUCUGGAGUUUCACUCCUGAAAAUGUGCAGUGCCCGAUUGCACAUGAUUGCCAUACAGAGCAAUUCCCCCCAAAUUUCUUGGGCACCCCCUUGACUUAAACUGGACAUCCAUGUGCUGUAGGAGUGCAACUCCCAUCCGUCUUUUCUAGCACUGUCAAUAGAAACGGAUGAUAGGUAUUGUAGUCCAACACCCUCUACAUUAGGGGAUGGCAGCAGUGGUGAGCUAGAGGGCUGAAUUAGCCUUCCAGGAGGUCUUGGAGAGCUGUGCAUCUCCACCA